CUGGCCGCUGAGACUCGGGCCAGGCCACGAGCAGUCUCCUCGCUGGGUACGGCGCCUCGGGGCUCCCCCAGGCUGAGCAGCCCUAACGCCUAGCGGCUCGGUUGUGACGCCCGCCCUGGUCUCUGGCUGGGCCAUGUCAAAAGGCCCUGGUUCUGGGCCGCUACCCCGGACCCCGGGGUCACGGAAACCCAUACCUCGGAGCUUCAGCUGUCUCUCCGACCUGGAUCCGCGACCCUGCAGACCCCCUGGCUGCGACCCUCGGCUGCGGCCCAUCAUCCAACGAUGCGCGCGCUCGCUGCCCAGCUCCCCCGAGCGCCGAGCCCCGGGCGCUGCUUGCGGAGCCGGCUGCAACCGGCAGCUCCGUGUACGUUUCGCUGACGCGCUGGGCCUGGAACUGGCGCAGGUCAAGGUGUUUAACGCAGGAGACGAUCCGUCCGUGCCGCUGCAUGUGCUGUCACGCCUUGCCAUCAACUCGGACCUGUGCUGCAGCAGCCAGGAGCUGGAGUUCACGCUGCAGUGCCUGGUUCCCGACUUCCCGCCUCCCAUCGAAGCCUCGAACUUCGGAGAUUGCCUGGCACGGCAGCUCGUGUGCCUUGAACGUGUCACCUGCUCGGACCUGGGCAUCAGCGGCACAGUGCGCGUGCGCAACGUGGCCUUCGAGAAGCAGGUGGUGGUGCGCUACACUUUCUCGGGCUGGCGCAGCGCGCACGAGGCAGUAGCGCGCUGGAGAGGGCCUGCAGGUGCCGAGGGUAGCGAGGACAUCUUUGCCUUCAGCUUUCCAGUGCCACCCUUCCUGCUGGAGCUGGGAUCCCAAGUACACUUCGCAGUGCGCUACCGCGUGGCUGGUGCUGAGUACUGGGACAACAACGGUGGCCGUGAUUAUAGCCUUACUUGUCGUAGUCAUGCGCUGCACAUGCCACGCGGGGAGUGCGAGGAGAGCUGGAUCCACUUCAUCUGAGCCUGCCUGCCGGCUGUGAACCUAGAACUUCCAUCGCAGC